CUCUGGACCCUUCCCGAGGUCCGGUCAACUUCCUGCUUCUCCAGCCGCGGCAGUUGUGGUUAGCACCUUCUCUCCGGACUGAUCAGGAAAGGGGAAGCAAGGAUGUCUGCUUUGGGGGCUGCAGCUCCGUACUUGCACCAUCCAGCUGACAGUCAUGGUGGCCGAGUCAGUUUCCUGGGAGCCCAGCCUUCUCCAGAAGUGGCGGCAGUGGCUCCGCUCAUGAGGGACUUGGACAGGAGCACCUUCAGAAAGUUGUUGAAGCUUGUCGUCGGGGCCCUGCAUGGCAAAGACUGCAGAGAAGCCGUGCAACAGCUUGGUGCCAGUGCUAACCUGUCGGAGGAGCGGCUGGCCGUCCUGUUGGCAGGCACACACACACUGCUCCAGCAGGCUCUCCGGCGGAACCCUGCCAGUCUGAAGCCAGAAGCCUUCCAGGACCAGCUCCAGGAGCUUGGCAUUCCUCAAGAUAUGAUUGAAGAUUUGACCAGUUUGGCAUUAGGGAGUCAGCGCCCACUUCUCGACGCCGUGGUCCAACAGCAGGGGUCCUGGCUGCCCCACCUGUCUGACUUCCGGUGGCGGGUGGAUGUGGCCAUCUCCACCAGUGCUCAGUCCCGCUCCCUGCAACCGAGUGUUCUCAUGCAGCUGAAGCUCACGGAUGGAUCCGCACACCGCUUUGAGGUACCCGUGACCAAAUUUCAGGAGCUGCGGUACAGUAUAGCCUUGGUCCUUAAGGAGUUGGCCGAACUGGAGAAAAAGUGUGAGCGCAAACUGCAAGACUGAACCCUGGCAGUGGGUGCUGAAACUGGUACCAGAGCUCACAGCCCCCAGGUCAUGAAGCCCACCUCAUCUGAGGGACUGCGUGUAAGGAUGUAUUUUGUUGAAGGGACAAGACAGCUGUGACUUUCGGACUUUUGGGGUUUGUUUUUAUGAGUGAACUACGGGCACAGUGGCACAAUUUAUACUCUCAGCACUUGGAAGGGUGAGGCCGGAGAAUGGUUGAGUUUAAGGGCAGUCUGGGUUACACAGCAAGAUUCUAUUUAGGCUAAAGAGGUAAAGCAACUAUUAAAAACAUGUUCAUGGGCUGGAGAGAUAGCACAGCGGUUAAGGGCACUGGCUGCUCCUCCAGAGGUCCUAAGUUCAAUUCCUGGCAACCGUAUGGUGGCUCACAACCGUCUUUAGUGAGAUUUGGUGCCCUCUAUUGGCAUGCAGGUAGACAUUCAGGCAAAACACUAUACAUAAUAAAUAUAUCUUUAAAAAAAUAAUAAAACAUGUUCUUCUACUUGGGUGUUAAACCUUAUACUUGCCCCUUCCCUAGCCAUUGCUAUGUGCAACUGGACGAGGCCAUGUGGAGUUGUAGGGUUCAGAUAAGGACCUAUUACAAUAUACAACAAGGUUGCUCAGCCUGACCUGAGCCCUCUGCUUCUUUUGCUUUGGUGUGUACAUGUCUUAGUUUUUUGCCUUAAAUUCCUGCCUUCCUGAAGAUGACAUCCUGGUGGGGAGGCAAGAGGGGGAGACAUUACAAAUACUAAAUAUGUAGUACAUAAUGCUUAGUAUGUAUGACAUUAAAUGCAGAUUUUAAAUAUUAAAACAUUAGUAUGGGCCUGGAGG